UGUUCUGAGAGUCUGAUGAUAAACUUCUGAGACAAGCAGUGGGAGGAGCUUUACCUGCUAGGUGCAAAGCAGCUCUCUUCCCAUUGGCUGAGCAGAGUCAGUAUAUUUCCUCACAAACUAUGUGGAAGUGAGCAGAGUGUUCGGAGCAUUGAGAGGACAGACCGAGAGCUCAACAAGAAAACUAUCAGCACAUCCACUGAAAGACUGCAAGAGGAGGCUUGAUAAACUAAAUCCUACUGAAGGCAUCAGGAACCCAAGAUGGCAGUCAGUUCAUUUAAUCGUGGGCAAUGGGCCUCAAAGUCCUUGCGAGUGACAGCAAAGGAGCUCUCCAUUGUUGGUGUGCGAGGCAAAAACACGGCCAUUGCUGAGCGAUUCUCCAAGUACCAGAAGGCUGCAGAAGAAACAAGUUCAGACAAGAAAAAAUCUCCAGAGAACUCGACUGCUUCACUGCGCAAUGGCAAUCUGAGUCUCCUAAAGCAGCUCUGGGAACAACCAGCCGAAACGCCUUCAUCUCCUGAAACCAAAACACACUCCAGACAGCAGGAGAACCAUCAGCGAAAGCCUUUAGAUCCUAGUGUUAAGACCCCAGUGGAGUCCAUAGACAUCCAGCUUGUUGAAAGCACAGAUAGCCAGUCGUUGAGCGACAGUGACCAGCCGAUGGAGAAGUGGACGCAAAGAGAUGUGCCCAUCGAAAAGCCCACAGUGCCUCUCAACAGCCUGAAGAAGAUGUUUGAGAAAGGAGAGACCCUUCACAACAACGUAAGUACAGCUAAUUAUUAUCUGCAUUUGGUAUCUUGUCAGUUUAGUAGAUAACAUCACUUUGGUAUU